UUUUCGUUGAAAAGCAUCUGGAGCGAAUUUAGUUUUGCUCAGUGCUACACAAACCGUUCGAUUGUGUGGAUUACUUUUUUUACACGCUGUGACAAUAAACAUAUUUCCAUAUAAAUAUUCAAUAACAUACUACAUACAUAUUAAUACUAAUCGUAAAAUAACGAAAAUGUCAAAUACGAGCAUAUUUCUUGGCCUGUGCUUAGUGUCAGCUAUAAUGCUGCAAUUUGUCUGUGCGGAUAUCGAGACAAACGAAGUGAACGAUAAUGAUCCAAAAUUCUUUAUGCAUGAGGGCGUGCGUGUUUAUCUGCCUCAUGAAGAAGAAUGUGUGAAACUUGGAGGUUUAUGUAUCCAGACUAGGGAUUGUGAUAAGCGCACAUCCUACGAGGGUCUCUGUCCCACCAACAAGAAGUACGGUGUGGAGUGUUGCUUUGAGUAUUCGGUUAAGCCAGCGCCGUGUUCGCAUUUCUCGGGAGAAUGCAUGGAAAGGUGCAACAAAGACCUGGAAAGACCGGGCAAUGACUGCAAUAAUGGAGAAGUUUGCUGUGUUUUGGUUUAGCCAAUUUGUGUAGUAAUAUAUAAUCUAUAUAAAUCAAUCAGAACAUACACAUGUCAACUGUAGACUAUAUUUAUCUAUAUUUUUAUUUAUAUGUUGUACCCAUAUUUUGUAUAUAAAAAUAUUUCGAUUGUUGUAAUAAAAUGCACUGUAAAUAUUUUUAGCAAUCUAUAUUCAAAAGUCACUUAUCUGAUUGCUGAUUUCAU